AUGACGGGCGAACGAACAACCGUCGAAUUAUAUGUUCGUUCAAAGUGGAUUAAAGCCAGUAUAGCACUUGAAGAUGAAAAUCUUUUUAUUGAAUAUGCUCAUAAUAGUAAACGUGAUCCAUUGGCCGUAGCUCCAUCUACAGUGGCUACCAACGAAAGCCUCACAAUGAACAACAAUAUAUCUUCAGUUACAGCUUCUGAAUUAAACGGGAACAAUGCUAUCAGCGGUGAACGAUCUGCAGCAUUGCCAGAUGUGCCAGCAAUUGAUUCAAACAAACGAACAAUUAAAAUAGUUAAAUCGGAUAACACUGGACUCGGCAUUAGUAUAAAAGGAGGUAAAGAGAACAAGAUGCCGAUAUUGAUUAGUAAGAUAUUUCCAAAUAUGCCCGCUGAUCUCACUGGUCAACUAUACGUUGGUGAUGCAAUACUAUCGGUUAAUGGAAAAGAUUUACGCGACGUUUCGCAUGAAGAUGCCGUACAAAUAUUGAAAAAAGCUGGACGUGAAGUUGAAUUGGAGGUUAAAUAUUUACGUGAAGUAACACCUUAUUUUCGUAGACAUCAACAACGCGAUCAUCAUUCACAUCAUCAACAGCAACAAUUGCCUCAAGAUAAUCUCGAAUCUUCUUCACAAACAACAAAAAUAUUGAAUAAUAGUAUUGAUGGAACAUCAUUAUCAUCGACAACAACAGAUCAUCGUAAACGUGGCACAGGAAACUCAUCAACGAGUGAAUCAAUAUUAUAUGAAACAAAACGUGUUUCACUUCGUUUGUGCUAUGUAUUUCGUCGUUCAUCAAAUACAAAUGAACUUUUAGUAUUAUCAUCACAAACAUCCACUAUGGCACCACCAACAGCCGCUCCAUCAAUCGCUUCAAAUAAUGGUACAAUACUUGAUAUUGUUUUACCAUAUGCACAAACAUGUUACAGUAUUAAAUUUCUCGAUGAAAUCAUUUGUAAAAAAUGGUUUUAUAUUAUUCAUUCAAAAAUUUCUCGAUGUUUAUUAGAAAUAUUACCGGAAAUUGAAGAACAUUUUUAUGUCGCAAGGAAUGCCAACGAGUUAAAAGCCCUUGGUUGGUUAGCUGAACAGGUUAAUACGGAUGAUAAUUUAACAUCUUCUGCUAUUGCUUGGCGUCCAGUGUUUCUUGUAUUAACCGAUGCUGAAAUUUGUUUUCUAUGUUGUGCACCUGUUUCAAGACAGACAUGCCGAGAGCCUGAUACUGUUUAUUCUAUACUUUCAACACGUCUUGUUCAACCAUCUCGUGAAUUACUAUACCCUUCAGUUGACGUUGACAUUUCAUUACUUUCACUUAGAGUUGGAACGAAAUUUGGUGUUGUCUCGCAUCUGUUUCGUGUUGAAACAAAAGCAGAUUUAGCGUAUUGGACAAAAGCAAUCGGACAAAGUGUACAAAUGGCCGUUGUUAAAGUGAAAGAAGUCGUUUUUACUUGUAAGUGGAACAACCGACCAUGUAAAUUAUUUCUUCAUUAUGAAAAUGGAUUUACGUUGUACAGUGAAACAAUGGUAGAAGAACAAACGAAUAAAAGUGCUUCAUCGAGCGGAGCAGGAAAUCUUCGAUUAUUAUGGCAACAACCAUUUGAAAAAUUGAGAUCAUCAGCUGAUGAUAAUGAACAUCUGUUAACACUUGAUUUUCAUGGCGAAGAAGGACAAGUGGAAUUAGAUUUUAGCACAUCACCAAAACCAUUUGUAUUUCAUUUACAUGCCUUUCUUUCUGCUAAAGCAGCACGUAUCGGACUUACACCUCAAUAA